GUGCGCAGUCGCUGCCUGGCAGGCCGCUCUGCCUUCCCCGCUUCAUCUCCGUCGAGUUCCGGGUCAAAGAGAAAAGAGAAACUUUCCGGCGCCUUCGGAAGAUGCCGAAGCCCACUCAGGGGGGCCCGAACCCCUUAUUUACGCGCUGGCUCCAGGAGUGGCGCGACCAGGCCGCCGAGCGCGGGCGCCUCAGGAGCCAACGCGCCUAUGAACGGGUAAGCCACGCCCUCUAGUGGCAGGCCACGCCCUCCGGGUGUUUUGCUCCGCCCAUAUCCCCCUUCGCGCUCGUUGGAUUCCCCUCAGUACCCAAUUUAUAAUGUAGUAAUAUAAUGCUAACACAUAAUAUUAAACUUCUUGGACUUUUCUCCCCAGCUGGUCAUUAGGAUAACUUGCAUCUGAAAUUGUUUGUUUCCUCCUCUCUCCCAAUACAUUUUCCUCUAGUGCUAUGCCUUAAAAUUAUAAGCCUUCGGGUAGGGACCUAUGAAUAAAGCUGCUAUGGGAGCUCUGUUUUUGGCUGAACAAGCAGGAUCGAUAAACAUGCAUAAAUGAUGGGUAAGAUCUUGACUUGGAGUCCACCCAUGUUAGUUACUAAUUUCAAUAUGUAUCUUCUAAGUAUCACUUACAAAGCAAUCCUGUACAUAUACUGUAUACUGAGAAAUAAGCCCCACUGAAAUCUUACUCCCAAAUAAAGUGAGUAUCGGGUUGAAAUUGAAGUCUGGAUCCAGCCCUAAGUAUCAGCAACUAUGAACUGACCAAAGAGAAUAUGUAUGGGUUAGUUCAAAUUUCACAGAGUGGUUGUGGCCCCAGCCUGAACUGCUCUCCUUGUUCGUCAAAGUGAAGAGACAGGGGAAACCAUGUGCACCUCUCCUUACUAUCAAAACAAUAAAUCCUCUUCCUUGUGUUCAGGCGCUGAGCUCUCUCCGCAAAUACCCACUCCCUUUGCGAAGCGGGCGCGAGGCUCGGAUCCUCCAGUACUUUGGUGAGCACAUCUGCCGCCAGCUAGACGAGCAGCUGGAGAGACACUGCCAAGCCCAGAAUGGCACAGUAUUGACAGGUGAGUGGUGAGGCAGCCGUGUGAAGGUCCAAUGUGUGCUCGAGUCUGUUCCUUAAAUAGAAAGUAAGAUUCCAGUCCUCAUGGUACUGAAUAAAGGGCUGGUUUAAAUAGAAACAUAGGAGGCUGGUUUAUACUGAGUCAGACUAUCUGUCCAUGUAGCACAGUAUUGCUUGCCCACAGUGGUUUGCAAAAGCUCUCCAGAGUUUCAUACAGUCCUACCUGAAGAUGCCAGGGAUUGACUCUGAGAUUUUCUGUAUGCAAAGAAAGUACCCUUCCACUGUGUUUUGGCUCUCCCCUCUGAAACAAGUAGAGUCUUCUCUUGCCACUUAAGUCAUAUUCAAGGAGGAGCCUGGUGAGUAUCCCCUGGAAGGAAGUUCCACAUUUACAUGCUGGCAGAGUGAAUGUUGUGCUUUGGGUAGCCAACUCCUGCACAUCAGAGGGAUGGAAUAAAAAGGAGGGUGUCAGGUGAUGAGGGGAAAUUCCAAUGGAUGCAGGCAGGCCUCACAGUGCAAUCCCGUGCAUGUCUAUGCAGAAGCCAGCCCCACACUUAACUCCCAGGUAGCUGCAUAUUGGAUUGCAGUCUAAGGCUGUUUAGGGCUGAUAUGAACAGGGCAGCAUGGGAAUUGGCAUCAUCUAGGUUGGGCCUUGGGGGUGUUCAUUAAACUAAAGCUGCACUAAAGCUGCACAGGUUUCUAGUCCUUAUGGCUAUGGUGAAAUGUAAACUUGAAAACUGGUAACAUAUCAUUAAACGAACCAAAGCUAAGCAGGACGUUGGCAUUUGGAAAGCUUAGUCUUUUAAUGCAUUCACGGCUGCUUGCUCUUUUGCCCCCUCUCUCUUUCUCUGUCUCUCCCUGUGGGGGGGAGGCAGGGGGAAGAGAGAAGUGCACAUAUGAGCAAAUCUCCUUCAUUGGUCUCAGCUGUGGAAUUUCAUUAGUCUCCACUAAACAUCUAUUAAACAGAGUUUAUACUGUGAAUUCCAGGUCUGCAAGCCACAGCUUCUUCUCAGAAGGAUCAAGCGGAUGGUGAGCUGCUUGGCAGCAGAGCGCUCCAGCCUGCCCUCUGUGCCACAGAGCCAGAGCAAAACAAAGGACAGUGCUUAAAGGUCCGUGUAAAUAUCUUGCCCUUACAAGCAAUUGAACUAUUAGUAUGGCUAUGUCUCAACUCUCUCUGCCUGGGCGAGUUCCUCCUAAAUUCAAGAGGCAGCCCACUUCCCCUCUCUUCCUCUUCCCGUCUCUUGGAGUGGGGCUGAGUGGAUUUGGGGUAGGGUGACAAUGCUGUGAGCUUUUCCCACGAAUCGUCCCAGCCACUGCUGCGCUGGCAGAUUACCCAAGUCUGCUCAUCCAUGCCUGUGCCAAGCACUUAAAGGUGAGAAUGCAACAUGUGCAUUAUCAUCACAAUGGGCUGCCAAACAUUCAUUGAAUGAUGGUGCAGGUCAUAGACUAGAACAAGGGUUGGGGAACCUUUUCAAGCCUUCUCUCCUUGGCAACCAGCAGUGGUAGGUGCAGCCAGAGGCACAAGUGGGUGGGGCUAGAGUCAAAAGCGGGAGGACAAAUGGGCAUCACUCCUAACCUUUGUACAGCAGGCUGCAUUUCAGCCAUGCAAAAGUUAGUGGUUUCUAUAUACUAUAAAUACACCCACACUCUUCUCCAUCCUCCACCAGGCAAGUAAGAGACAUUAUUACAGUUUAAAGACACAUUCCAGCCAAACUAAAGCACCCAUGGUUCUGGUUUUAAUUUACAAGGGGGUCCAGGAUACCUUAAGGACCGCCUGAUCCCUUCCUCAUCAUUGGUGUCUUCAGUAGAGUCAGUGUUAGUGCUCCCCCACCCCCCGCAUGGCUUGGAUGCCCACCUCAAAUCCACCAGGAGCUGUACAUUCAGCAUUGUGACUCAGAUUUUGAGGACCUCCCUCCCAUUUGAGAUCAGGCAGGCCCCCUCUCUGCUGAAUGUCCAGCACGUACUGAAGACAUUUCAGCUGGGAUUUUGACUGAAUUCUGAUUUACUUACUGUAUUGGUGAGUAUCUUGCACACCCCUUAGAUGCUGUCAUAAUUCAGCAGUACAGUAUAUAAAUUUUCUAAAUAGAUAGAUAAAUAGGGUGUCGCUUAGGGAGAGGCUCAGAGGAACACAUUUGGCUUCCAAGCCUGAGUUUCUCACUCCCUCUUGGGCUACAGCUUCGUGGAUGGAUUAAUACCCAUUCUUGCUGUCAACCAGAAGAAGUAAAAAUUCAUCUAUUCAUCAUUUGCUUGAACACUGGCCUGAAAUGGAGUCCUGUGUAACUGGACAGCUUGCGUUGUGCAAUUUAAACCACAUGGUGCAAGCUUUAAAAGCUACUGCCUUCUGGUUCUUUGCUGUCCUGCCCCCUGCAAAAAAAGUUUGAUUGCCACAUUGCUAUGCCGCACCUCUGAGAGGUAUGGCUGAAGAUCAUGUAGUGCCCACGCACAGCUGCCUUUCAUAUUUCCAUGGGUCCUGGGGCAGGCAGCUUUCCCAGUGGAAGGUGCCGAAAGCACAUUUAUCCAUUUUGCUUCUUAGCCCGCCCGUCAAAAUGCUCUCCUACAAAGCGCACGCUCUGCUCCUCCCCGAAUGGUCAAAGGCCUUGCAACAUAAAAGACCUUUCAUCAAAUUUUGAAAAGAGGCAUUGUGGCUGGCAGGGUAGCAGUCAGGGAAGGUAGCCGGCCUGGUUUGCUCAUGAAAACAUGGAACAGUAUUGGGUCAGUUCCCCCACCUCCCACCCCGAUUUUCCACUUUUAUCCCAUAGAAGGGCAUUGAGAACUAGCUAUGAAUCAGGAAGUCCCUGGUUUAACUCUUGCUUCUGUCACAUGCUUACCAAGUCACUUUGGGCUAGUGAUGGGGAACCUUUUUCAAUGGAGAGCUGGGUUCCUUUCUGGUCCACCUGGCAGGGGGCACAAGUUGGUGGUGGGUGGGGCCAGAGGCGAAAGUAGACGGAGCAACAAAUAAUUUUUACUUUUGUACAGAAGGCUAGUUUUUAUACCCCCCCACCUCCCUAUCUUUUAUCUAGGCAAGCAAGAAACAUUAUCAGAGUUCAAGGCCACGUUCUGGCCAGGGGGAAAAACCUCAAAGCUUUCAGCUGGGCUGGGGAGGGGUGUGGCCUGGGGAGAGCCCUGAGGGCCAGAGAGACAGACCUGGAGUGUCACAUUUGGCCUCCAAGCCUAGAGUCGUCCCCCCCCCCCCCGCCUUAGGAAAGUCCCUCCCACUCAGCGUCGGCUCUUUCAACUAAGCUGUUGCGCUCAGGUCCUGCUUGCUGCCUUCCUAUUGAGGCACCUGAAUGACUACUGAGAACAGGAUGCUGGGCUAGAUGGGCCCCUUCUGGCCUGACCUAGCAGGGCUUUUCCUUGUGUUCAUAUGUCCUUCAGACUGGUGGAGUCCCUGAAGAAGACACACCUGGUUUUCCUUUUUCCUUUCAGAAGACGCAACCAGUAUCACGCCAGCGUGGCCGGAAGUACUUCCCAGAUCCCCGUUCUGGAGCCUUUGCCAUUUUGGUGGCUCUGUACCAGGACAGUGUGGUAAGAUAACAGCUGAUGCAGAAUACAGUAAGCUCAAAAACAUAACAUUUGGGGAGGGGGAGAACCUAGAGCCCACCUUUCCCAGAAGGCUUGUGGGGAAACCCCAGGUGCAUGAUGAAGACCUGAACAUUGGAGGAUUGUGGGAGUGGCUUUUGUUUUGGAAUCCUCUUUAAGAAGUCAGCAAAGGUGGGGCAGUGUUAAGAGGUGGGAAUCCUGGGAGGAAAUGUAAAAUCUAUCCUGCCUUUUUGACCCUUCUUCCAGAAUCCUCACUCCCGGGGUUUCCUGACAAAGCCGGAAUUACAGAGAGCAGCUCAGCCGCUGUGUGAGAAAUCUUUUUUUCUUGUGAGUUCCUGUAUGAUCUGUAUUAUUUUAUUGGUACUGUUGUCACUUUGGCUAGAACAAGAAACUUAUAUAGAUUGAUUGAUGAAUUAAGAAAAUCUUUGGAUACCUCCAGACUCUUAACUGUUUUGCAGGAGGGAUUCUAGCAUGUCCCAGAAGUUUAUGUUUGUGCAAUUGAAAUGCAUUAGAACCCUUUGUCACCCUCGUACAACAAUCCACUCUUUUAAGAUUCAAAAGCUGACCUUUUGUGGUUGGAAAAGUGAUGAGGAAAUGCAUGGAAAAAUGGGGGAGGGAUGAACGGUUAAUGGGAAGACGUAUAAAACCCUGCAAGCAAAUGACCGUAUUUUUCGCUCCAUAAGACGCACCCGACCAUAAGACGCACCUAGUUCUAGAGGAGGAGAACAAGAAAAAAAAUGUUCUCUCCCUCUUCUCAGCACCUCUCCAGCAAACCGGGAGGAGAAAUGGAAGGGGCUCCGUUUCUCCUGCCGCUUCUCUGAAGGGGCACUGCGCAGCUUUCCCUCUCUGAGCAGUGCCCCUUCAGCAAAGCGGUAGGAGAAGGGAGCCCCUUCCAUUUCUCCUCCCGGUUUGCUGAAGGGGCGCUGCGCAGAGAGGGAAAGCUGCGCAGCGGCUUUCCAGCGAAGCCAGAAAAGCAAGAGGGAUCGAUCCCUCUUGCUCUCCUGACUUCAGCAAAAGCAACGCAAAGCUUCCUUAGCAGAGCGGGAGCACUCCCACUCUGCUCAGGAGGCUUCGGGAGGCUAUCGCUGAAGCCAGGAGAGCAAGAGGGAUCAGUGCACACCGAUCCCUCUCACUCUCCUGGCUUCAGGGAUAGCUGCGCAGCCUGCAUUCGCUCCAUAAGAUGCACACACAUUUCCCCUUACUUUUUAGGAGGGGAAAAGUGCGUCUUAUACAGCGAAAAAUAUGGUAGGACGAAUGACCAUUGCCAUUUAACCUCUCCGCAAAGAGGUAGGAAUGAGUUCUCACUUAUGACCGAACCUAGUUUAACACCAUGUCAGUUUUACACAAGGAAAUCGGAAUGAAUGCGCAAUAAACAGGCUGUUUGGAGGAGCCCUAUUGGAGUGAUAAUCUGGUUACGGAAUAUCUUAGUCUGCCUUAUGACCCUGCACUCGCAAUAAUGCGGGUACCAGUUUGCAAGAAAUGUUAGAAUACAUUAAAAAAAAAAAUCAGCAAAACACUUCAAAGGCAUCAGGAUCCCUCCAACUUUGUGGGUUGGUGGGAAGAAGGGGAAAGUUCUGCUGCAGCAGGCCCUGAGGUGGCCUUCCCCAGCCUUCCUUUCUCUCCUGAGAUUAUGUAUAUUGUUGUUGCUGCUUCUGCUUCCCCCAACAGGCUGAUCCUGGGAGUAAGAACACUGCCUGGUCUGCAAUCAGCACUCUGCUUCGCAAGGAGUUGGUCCUCAAGACCAAUAUCCCAGCCAGGUAAGGAUGUUGCACCAGCUACCUGGGAGGUAAGGGAGAAUCCAUAGAUAGCACAUAGCUUGCAUUGGAGUGAGAUGUGCAAGCUUUUAGCAUGAGCCACACAUUUGCUUACAGCAGGCAUAGGCAAACUCAGCCCUCCAGAUGUUUUGAGACUACAAUUCCCAUCAUCCCUGACCACUGGUCCUGUUAUCUAGGGAUGAUGGGAGUUGUAGUCCCAAAACAUCUGAAGGGCUGAGUUUGCCUAUGCCUGGCUUACAGGCUCCGAUCCAACUGUAUGAAGUGCUCAAAAGUUUUAAGAGAAGAGAAAGACGAAAGCGGAGGAUCUUUGGGUUCCAGAAGGGAUGGCAUCUUUCACACAAAAACACACACAGAGAGAGAAAUGGGCAGGGACCCUGCUGCCUACAUGCCCCAUCAGUGGAAAGCCCUGCUUUGUUCUGUGGUGUCAGCCGUUGUCUCUGACCAAAAGGAUAACAGAGACAUCACCUGUCUGAUAUGCAUUGGGAAGGGGUUCCAGGCAGGAGGUGCUGCCACACUCAAGGCCUGAUUCCUGCAUUGUGGGGAACAAACCUCCUCAUCAGAGGGGACCUGCAGGAGGCCUUCUCCUGCGCAGCCCAAUGAUCUGUCAAGUAUAGAGCGGGUGGGACCAUCUUUAGCAUGAACCUGCCUAGGAUUGGGAACCUGCCUAGUGAAAGCUGAAGCGCAGCAGCCUUUUAACUCUGGAAACAUCAACCAGAUGGGAAAGAGGCUGGGGAGGCCGGGUGGAGGCCAUUUUGACUCACCCUCCUCUGCUCCGGCAGAUAUUCUCUGACAGACGCAGGGCUCACCUUAGCCCGGGAACUGGCAGCUUUGAAUGAGCCAAAGGAGAAGGACUCCGACUCGCUGGCAGCUGAGGCAGCUGAUGCUGGAGACCCCUUGCUGCUUUUGGAGGGAGAUGAUGAAAGCGAGCAAUCUUCGGACAGGGAUGCCUCGCCCAGGUAAGUAGCCUCCUUCCUGAGCAGCUACUUUUCUGCUCUCGGGGAGGGGAGUAGCAGAGGCAGUGAAGCUGCCCCAGGUGAGGCUUAGUGUGCAGGCUGCGCUCUGUCCUGGCCAAGCAUGUUUGCUUUUGUUUCAAAUUCUGCCCAUGAGCUGCCUCUUGAUUCCCAAUCAGCACCACCGCCCCAUACCCCCAAAAUUUCAGGUGGUAUGCCAGCCCUGUCCUCCGGCACACUUUGCCGGCAGCACAUCCAAGGAACAAGGAAGGAAGGAAGGGAAAGGCAGAGAUCUGUCUCUGUUAUCAGGACCAUGGAAUCCACUCCCUGCUGGAGCAGCGCACAGCUCACUCCGCCAGAUAGGAUCUUGCUGGGUUAUAUAAUUUGUAUUUUAUGGUAUCAUCAUCUGCUAGAAGGAACAAAAUGUAAGCUGCUAAAUAUUGCACUUUUAAUGCUUUGUUGUUUUAAUUUUGUGAACCCACGUUAGGAUGACUUGUUGAUUUUGCUGUCAAAGGGUUUUUUUGCUGUUGUUUUGCUGGAUUUGUUAUAUGGGUUUUUGUUACAUUUUUAAUUGUAAUGUAUUGGCGUAUUUUAUUGUUGUUAUACUUGUUAUCUUUUAAAAAGCUCUUUUUGAACCUUUGGGAGCUGCCUUGGGGGCCUUUUCAGCUGAAGGGCAGCAAAUAAACUCUACAAAUAAAGUUCUGUAAGUUGCUAAGAGAAUUUUUAUGUAGGAAGCAAUUAAUACGUUGAAAGAUAGAUAGAUAGAUAGAUAGAUAGAUAGAAAGAAAGAAAGAAAGAUAGAUAGAUGAUAGAUAACACACGUUAAAAUGUAAUAACGAAAUAAAUUUGCUGGUUUUCCAGGUCAAGCUGCAGAGAGCCAAGGGCAGGGCUCUUAAAACCCCAGUUUUCUUUUCACCCCGGAAACUUUGAUGUUAUCCUCUGUGUGGAUUUCAUUGAGACCACAGGGUGAGUGGCAGCUGCAGGAGUGAAGCACACACACACACACACACACACACACACACACGGAUGUGGGGACUCUGUUUCUGACAUGUAGGGGAUGGGGCACUCUCAAGAACACAUAUGUCUGGAUUCAUUUACCCAGAAUAAAUGCCCCUUUCCCAAUUUGGUUCCAGUUUGGACAUGUAAAAAACAGAGCAGCAGAGGAACCAGCCAAGAGUUUGCGUGACAGGAGUAUGCUUUGACUGCCUAGCAGCAGGGGUGGGCAUCCCCCAGCCCACUGGCAAAAAUGGUCCAAUCUGGCCUGUGAGGCUAAUUUCCCCAAACCACGCCAAUCUGUCAAUCAGCCGUCACUGUGGUGGGCAGGUGGUGACAGCUAAUGGGUGGGGUUCAAUUCUGCAUGGGCUUACAUGCUUUGGUUCCCUUUCUGGUAACUGCCACCCACAGCCAAAGCAGCAAAAUCUCCUCCCCGUCAGCUGAUGGUCAGCGGGUUAAAUCCUGCUCAGUCCCCUGCAGGAACCAGGGCUGAACUCUUUGCUCAUCAGCUGGUGAGUGAGAGAUCAGUCCUGCUUGGUGCUGCUUCUUUGGCUACUCUUGCCCCCACUCCACCUCCCCAGGUCAACUUAGACAGGUGGGUAGGACCACCCACCUAUCCAUCAUCUAGUGUCACCUGAUAAUUGGCAGGUGUGUGGUCCUGCCCACCUGUCAAAGUUGGCCCAUGGGGGUGUUGGGAAAUACAGAUCUGGCUCGAUGGGCCUGUCAGGAAGCUUCUAGAAACCAUGCAAGAUAUAGGUGCCGAUCAGGGGGUUUCUGGUGCUGCAAAAGUGGAUCUUAAUAACCAGCAAAUAACCAGCGUUUGACAGAGCAGACGAAGACGGUAGAAGCUGUCUCCUUGCCUAUGUAGAUCAUAAAAUCAUAUUUCGGAUAACAAAUUACGUUUAUCAUUAGGACGAGAUAAGCUUGUGUUACGUCCGUCAAUUUUGUAGUGCCUUUGUGAUAAAAACAAUAAAAUGUAGCUGUAAUUUUUUUUAAAGGGAAGAGUUCAGUUGAAACCAGGAUUAUCAUCUCAGGAUAGCCACUUCUCUGAUUUGUUGCUGUUGUUGUUGGCAGUGUAAAUGUGCUCUAAAGAGCUGCUCUCCCUCCCCCCUAUUUCCCCUUUAGUGGCCCCACGUCCCGGAAGCAAGAUUUGGUGAGUGAGCUCCAGCGCCACAAUGUUCCCUUCAGCAUCCGGAAGCUUCACAUCGGGGACUUCCUCUGGGUGGCCAGGGAGAGAGUCUUACCUGCAGCAGGUGAGUGUGGUGGGUGGUUUGGGCCAUGCGAUAGGAGGGUCCAUUGGAAAAGCGUGUCAGGAUUUUGCCUUCCCUCUGAACCUGCCACUUCACUGAUAGCCCGCGUCAGUUUAUCUAUUUUUUUACAUUUAUGUGCCCCCUUUUUCCUCCAAGAAGCUCAAGCUGACGUACAUGGUUCUCUCCCCUCCGCAUAUAACCCUGUGAGGUAGGUUAGCCUGAGAGGCAGUGACUCUCCCAGAGUCACCCAGGGAGGUUCGUGCCCUGGUGCCCUUGCUUCCCUGUGAUGACUUCUUUAGGAAAACAGGGUCUGGUACCUUGAACACCUUUUCAAUUACCUAAAACUGCACCAAGGAUGCGGGAAGGGGAGGAAUUGCUCUGGUCCCCUUCCAACUCCAUCCAUGCGACUAUGUAGGCCUCUCAGCGCUCCCUCUGCAGUUCCACACCUCCUCUCAGGAGCUAAGGGGCAGGUGGUGAAAGGACAGAGGCAGGGAAGGGGGUGACAGUCCUCUGAUCAUUACAGUUCCACCUACCUACCCUUUCCUUCUACUGCCAGAGGCUAAGAUGGGCAUUAGCAUAGGCGCCAAUUCCUUGGCCAAACACGGUGCAGCAUCAGUGACAGGCUCCUCCUGAGCAUGAGAGUGGAGGAGCUGCAGCCAUUGGUGCCGAGGGGCACUGGGCCAUGCCCUUGGCCCCCUCUCGGCGACGUGCGCAUGAUGCAUGUCAUGCAUGUGACGUCACAAGACACGUCAUGUGACACUGGGGCUCCCUCAGUCUUGGGCCCAAGCUGGAGCCUCUGGGCAUUACCCAUUUUGAAAAAGCUUUAAAGUCUAGAAAGUUGCCUUUUGUUGAAUCGCAGAACCUGAGGGUCAUCUCAUCAUCCAAACCCGCCCCCCCCCCAGCAAGAUGAGCUUGAGUAACUCAGCCAAUGCUUCGGGAAAAGGCUGUGGCUCGGGGGCAGAGGAUCUUCCUUGCUUGCAGGGGGUCCCACAUUUACUUUGCACCAUUCUUCAAGUAGGGAGCCUGAAGUCCUGGAGAGCCCUGUAUUCCUCUGGUGGCUGGCGUUGCUGGCUGAUUGGCGCUGUGGGAGGGGGCUCUGGUUGUAUCUCUCCCUUGGUUCACCAGGUUGAGACUAAAUUGACGUUCUUUUAAACAGUCGCCCUCCUCCCCCUUCUUUCGUUUUCCAGGACAGCCACAGCCACCUGCCACUCGGGAGCUGGUGCUGGACUACGUGGUAGAACGGAAACGGAUGCCGGACCUGUGCAGCAGCAUCAUUGACGGCCGCUUUCGUGAGCAGAAGGUGCUGCGCUGUGUCUGGGUGGGGAGAGUAGUCGCCUGGAGCCCCGUGAAGGGAAGGGACUGGGAUCAGGCAGUCUGAUGCAAUGGUCGUGGCUCAGUGACCGCGAUGAGAGCCACAGGCAGUAGCUGUCCCAUCACAGCUGAAGGAAUAGUCCUGCUUGCCUUCUCUGCUCCACAGCCUGAUGGAACAGCCAUUGCUCAGUGGCACUUAGGGAGGAGGAGAGCCCAAGGGAGCUGGUUGCUCAGCAGAGCAAGAGGGAGAUGCCCUGCUUCCCUUCCCUCCCUCUCUGCCACUCUGCAACAUUUCAGAAAGUGAUUGCACUAGAUGAGAGUUCCUCUGAGCAUGUGUCGAGAGCCCUGGAAAGCAGUCGUUUUGUGUGUGAGAGAGAGAACAUGCACUUGGAGAGCUCUGAAGGCUUCUCCACUCCCACACCUGCAGCACCCCCAGCUCAUAACUAACUGCUCACUUCUUCCUAGUUCCGUCUGCGGCAAUGUGGCAUUUCUCACCCCAUCUACCUGGUGGAAGAAUCGGGCUCCGCACAACACCUCAGCUUGCCCGAAAAGACUCUCCAGCAAGCGAUGACCAACACCCAGGUAGGGGCUCCCCAGGAGAGUCGGUACUUCAGUCUACCUGGCUGUGUUACCUCAAGCCCAGGUAGGGCUGCCGCUGUGCAUGCUUCCCCCAGGCUCUGCCAGCACUCAGCCACCCUGGAUCCUGCCUCCAUCCCUAACUUGUCCCCUGCCAUGGCAACCGCUUCAGGGUUGCAUAUUUGGGGGGUUAGGGAAGGCUUUAGCUGCCUGCACCUGGGAAGGGGACUGGCAGCUUCCAGCAGCCGUGAUAACCGUCGUCUUUCCAAUAUGGUGUAACAGAAAGCAGAGGGGAUGGACCAAAUGUCUCAAAUAACCCUUUUCUAAUGUUACUGGCCAGGACGUGGGUGGCGCUGUGAUCUAAACCACUGAGCCUAGGGCUUGCCGAUCAGAAGGUCAGCAGUUCGAAUCCCCGUGACGGGGUGAGCUCCCGUUGCUCGGUCCCUGCUCCUGCCAACCUAGCAGUGCGAAAGUGCAAGUCAAAGUGCAAGUAGAUAAAUAGGUACUGCUCCGGCGGGAAGGUAAACGGCAUUUCCAUGAGCUGCUCUGAUUCGCUUAGUCAUGCUGGCCACAUGACCCGGAAGCUGUAGGCCGGCUCCCUCGGCCAAUAAAGCGAGAUGAGCGCUGCAACCCCAGAGUCUUCUGUGACUGGACUUAACUGUCAGGGCUCCUUUACCUUUACCUUUAAUGUAACUGGCAGACGGAAAACCAGAAGUUUUCUAACAUUUCUUACCCCUUUGUUCUUCCCCCCCCCCCUUCUUUCCUUUUUUGUUUUCUUUCUUGUCUUUUCAAUUCUCUCUGUUAUAGAUACUAUUUUACUGGAUUGUGAAAACAAAUAAAAAUUGAUUUUUAUUUUUAUUUUAUUUUUAAAAGAUAACCGUUGUCUUUCCCAGGUGGUGGAUGGCUUCUUUGUUAAACGCACUCGGGACCUAAGGGAAUCCGCAGCGUAUUUGACCCUGAUGACGCGUCAGCUGACCAGACUGUACGAGGCGAGUUUGGAGCGGGGUGAAAUGGGGGGGGGCUUCUCACCCAGGAGAGUGGCACAUUUAGUUUGUUUCUCUGCUGUAACUGCCUGCCUCUUCUGUGUAUUUUUAUCCUUUGGUUUUAAAAGAUUUGACUUAAGCUCUUGCCCUGCUUCUUUUCUCCCAAGAUGUGCCAAGACUGGUUGGGAGUUACUUAGUGCUGUGUUCGCAGCACUCUGCAUCUGCUCAGGAACACUUACUAUUACUGAUUUAUUGUUGUGAUUGGAUCUUAUUUAUCCAGGCCUAGGCCUAGCCUCCAGUAUACAGAUAAUCGGAACGCAAUGUUAAAUCGGCUAAGGUUAUAUUAAUUGCUUUUAAAUACCUUUCUGAGUGGCAGUUAAAAACAACAACCUCCACUCAGUUAAUGGUCAGAUUUUUUAAAAUGCAAGCGUUUGGAAUCACACAGGUAGGUUCUACCUCUUUUGGGAGGGAGCAUCGGCCUCCACAUGUACUUGUGCAUCACCAGGAAGCAUAGAUGAGGCUGGUUUGUCCACCACCACCCCUUUUAGAAUGAUUGAUCUGUUCUACAGAGAUUCAGUUAACUGGUGAAACCUCGUCAUAUUAAGGUUUCUUUCAAGGAAGGGUCAUAGCUCAGUGGUCGAGCAUCAGCUUUGCACACAGAUGUCCCCAGGUUCAGUCUCCAGCAUCUCUGGGUAGGGCUGGGAAAGGAAGACCCUGUCUGAAACCCUCAUAGUUUAUUGACAGAGGACAUUAUUUGCAUGGAGAAGGUCCCAGGUUCAAUCCCUACAGCAGGACUACGAGAGAGCACCCUGCCUUCAACCCUGAAAAUCCACUGCUGCUGGUGUAAACUUUGGGCCCCCAGAUAUUUUUUGGACUACAACUCCCAUCAUCCCUGAUCACUGGGCCUGCUAGCCAGGGAUGAUGGGAGUUGAAAGUCCAAGGUUGGUGUAGGCAGGCUUUUCCAAACUUGGGUUGCCUGCUGUUUUUGGACUACAACUCCCAUCAUCCCUAGCUAGCAGGACCAGUGGUCAAGGAUGAUGGGAGCUGUAGUCCAAAAACAGCUGGAGGCCCAAGUUUGUAGACAACGUAGGGCUAAGAGGACCAUUGAUGCGACUCAGUAAAACAGAGAUUUCUCUGUUCCUUUUAAUCCAGCGACAACUUCAGCAGGCAAGCCCAUUUAGCUGUCGCGUGAAUGAAAUAGAAGUUCUUUGCUCGCUUGAGCUUACUUGGGUUUUCCAGGACUGAAACAAAUGUUCGGCGAGUUUAUAAUGAAAAAGCUGGCCAUCCAUACAAGGGCGCUGGAGGCAGGGAGAAGGAGGAAAAGGUGGUGCUGUGAGUCUGAAAGGGGAGAGUGGAGGAGAACGAGGUUGUGAGCCCUGUAGCUGCUAAGGACUGUUCCUCCUUUGUCUUCCCUAGGACAAAACCCUUCUGAGCUGUACCAAGGAGGAACUGGAGCAGGAGCGCCCUCUGCAGCCCAGCGCUGGCUCCUGCCGGCUUCUGACCUUUGCUGAGUUUAAUGAAGGGGCCGUGAAGAACAAGGUAGUUUCUAAUGUACUCCACAUACUUCAAUGAUAGCUCAGUCGGCAGAGCACGAGACUCUUAAUCUCAGGGCUGUGGGUUCGAGCCCCACGUUAGGGCAAAAGAUUCCUGCACUGCAGGGGGUUGGACUAGAUGAUCCCCAUGCCCCCUUCCAACUCUGCAAUCCUAUGACUCCUCAUGUGGUUAAAGGCCACUGCCGUGUCUCCCCCUCAUCUUCUCUCCUCGCGGGUUUGAUUUGCAAAGUUCUCUCUUGUUUGCGCUGCCAACAAUCCUGAAAGGGUGCUUGCUAUUCUUCCCUUUUCUCUCUUGCUUUCUUUCUUCUUUUAACCAGUGUGUGUGUGUGUGUGUGUGUGUGUGUGUGUAGAGCAAAUUGAAGGUAGGGGCGCCUUUCUUGAUCAGCCCAGACACUGAGGUCCAGCUCCAAGGACCUUCUGGCGGUUCCCUCUGAGAAGUGAGAUUACAGGGAACCAGGCAGAGGGCCUUCUCGGUAGUGGCUUCCCAUCAGAUGUCAAGGAAAUAAACUAUCACCUGACUUUUAGAAGACAUCUGAAGGUAGCCCUGUUUAGGGAAGUUUUAAAUGUUUGAUGUUUUAUCGUGUUUUUAAUAUUCUGUUGGGAGCUGCCCAGAGCGGCUGGGGAAACCCAGCCAGAUGGCCGGGGUAUAAAUAAUAAAAUUAUUGUUACUACUACAACUACUACUACUACUAUUACUAUUACUAUUACUAUUAUUAUCAACUCUCUUACCCCUCCCUCUCCCAGGCCCAAACAGUGAGUGAGGUCUUUGCACGGCAACUCAUGCAGAUCAGCGGCAUCAGUGGAGACAAGGCAGCUGCCAUCCUGGAGAGAUACAAAACACCAGCUAGGUGCGGAGACAGGUUAUGAAAGACACAAGGUCAUUGGCUGGUUGGGGUGAUGGAGGAGGCUGUCCUCUACUGCAUUGCCUAGCUCAGCAUUUCCCAAACUUGGGUCCCCAGCUGGACUACAACUCCCAUCAUCCUCAGCUAGCAGGACCAGUGGUCAGGGAUGGUGGGAAUUGUAGUCUAAAAGCAGCCAGAGACCCAAGUUUGGGAAACCCUGGCCUAGCUUAAUAUAGAAACCUAGGAGCCCAUCUGGGUCAGCCCAAAGGCCCAUCAAGCAUCCUAUUCUCACCAGAUGCCCCAAUGGGGAGCCCUAAAGAAGGAGCUGAGCUCAACAGCACUCUUCUCACUUGUGUUUCCCAGGCUGCCUCAGAUCCUGGAGGGUACAAUAUAGCCACUAACUAUUGAUAGCCUUCUCCUCCUUGAAGCAGCCUACCACCUAAUGCCAUCCAAGGGGGUGGCCAUCACUACUUCUUGUGGGAGCCGGUUCCGCAGUUAAACUAUGCACUGCAUAAAGAAAGCCUUUCUUUUGCCAUUCCUGAAUCUCCCACAAUGCAGCGGGGCUGAUCCCUAGUACAGUGGUACUUUGGGUUACAGACACUUCAGGUUACAUACGCUUCAGGUGACAGACUCUGCUAACCCAGAAAUACUACCUCGGGUUAAGAACUUUGCUUCAGGAUGAGAGCAGAAAUUGUGCUCCAGCGGCGCGGCGGCAGCAGGACGCCCCAUUAGCUAAAGUGGUGCUUCCGGUUAAGAACAGACCUCCAGAACGAAUUAAGUUCUUAACCAGAGGUACCACUGUAUUACAAGAGAGGCAUUCCCCCUAUCCAUGCAUACUUCUGUGUACCUCUUUCGUGUGUCCCCCUCCCCCAGAUUCAGGUGGCAGGGGUUGGGGAAGUACCUCUUACCUCCCGAGACCCUGGAAAGCUUCUGCCAAUCAGAGUAGGACAAAAUAAGCCUGGCCUAGCACAAGGCAGGUUUCCUUGCUCUGAGCCAGGGCAUACAAAGGCUGUUAGACUCCACCUCCCAUCAGCCCCAGCCAACAUGACCAGUCGUGAGGGGUGGUGGGAGUUGUAGUCCAGCACCGUCCAGAGGCCCUCAAGUUCCCCAUCCCUGCUGUAAGCCAUCUGAAUGGGUUUCGGUUUGCCAUCCAUGACCCCCUUCUCCCGCUUUCUCUCUUUCCCUUCAGCCUCCUGGCUGCUUACGCCUCUUGCCCAACGCCACAGUGCCAAGAGCAGCUGCUGAGCGAUGUCAAAUGCGGCAAACUGCAGAGGUGAGCAACAGAGCUGCGUGUUUCCCCUCCCCUCCCCAGGCCUGGAGCUUCGGCGUGCAAAAGGCAUCUUGUGCAAGAACCACACAGGAUGUGGGUUUGGGAGCUCAGGCAACAGAGAGAGAUCUAGCAGAGAAGAGAGUCAGCAGCCUAGAACGGGUUUUUCACUGUGGGAUUUUGGGAAACGAGGCCAGAAAAAGUACCGAGGGAGGGGCCGGUCGGUCUUAACCACACCCUGAGGGUCCAACCCUGUAGCCUGAACCUCGGAGAGCCCCGUUGCCUUGACCAUUGUCCUGUUGUUGGCUCUCCUAACCUCUGUCCUUUUGCUCUCUUCCUUCCUCUUUUGCUUCAGGAACUUGGGCCCUGCCUUGAGCAAGACUUUGGCUCAGUUGUACUGCACAUCAGGACCUCUGCCUUGAAUCAGUGGGAGGCUGUGGGUGCGCCUGCGUGCCAAUGAUUCACCAGCCAACGUGGAAUACGCCUCCCCACUGCCACCAGAGUUAGAGGAAGGCCUGUUGUGUGAUCACAGUUACCGUAUUUCAGCAGCCAGCAGCUGUGGGAAGCUGGCCCCAGAGACACCCAGCACUGUUGCUCCUUGUAAAACACAGUUGCCAAGGAAAGGAUGGGUUUGUCCUAUUGCCUCAUCACAGGAGCAGGGAACCCGAGGCUUUCCGGGCCAGUGAGCUUUUUCAUUCAGCAACAUCUGGUGAGCUACAGGUUCACCACCCCUGCUCUAGCAUUAUGUGCCAGAUGUUUACUAGCCCAAAAUGCACUUCCUUGCCACAAACUUAUGAGGGGUCCAGGUUGACUCUGUCGUUUACACCACCCACAAGACUGUUUGAGGAAGAGCACCCCGACUGGGUAUUUUGGGCCCCUUUUGGCUGCUAAAUUAGGGCCUGCCAAGUCUCAUCCCUCUUGGUUUUUUCUUCCUUUUUUAUUUAAAAAAAAAUCUGUCGAUAUUCUAAUAAAAUUGUAACAUUUUGUUUUGCAAAGGCUCUUCUUAUUAUGUCUUCAACCCCUGAGGUGCCCAGAAAAGUACUUUUUCACACCGCACACCUUCUUACGGAAUUAGAGAGGGACAGCUUUAAAAGGGAAUUAUAGACAAAUCCACAGCGACGGAGGGCAGGGCUGCAACCAGUUAGUAAUUGCCAAGAAGCAGAGACCUGCUUAGGAACAUUAGGAGAAGUUUCGUAAUGGCAGGAACUCUUUGGAGAGUGGAACCAGACUGCUGUGCGCAGUGCUG